UGAAAGCUUUCAUUGGUGAGCAAGUGCUGCUGAAAUGCUCAUUCAAAUCCAGUGCCCCCAUCACUGACAACCUGGUGGUGUUCUGGACAUACCAACCUGCUGCUGGUGGCCAGAUGGAGACAGUUUUCCAUUAUCAGUCUGUUCCAUAUCCAACAACUGUGGGAAAGUUCAAAGACAGGAUAAUGUGGCUUGGGAAUGUUGCCAAUGGUGAUGCUUCCAUUGCUAUCCAAAGUCCAGAGAUAAGUGACAAUGGGACAUUCAUCUGCAGCGUGAAGAAUCCUCCAGAUGUGUACCACAACAUUCCCCAGACAGUGCUGGUGGUCACAGAGAGGGGCCUCUCCUUCCAGCUGACCUCAGCAGCACUGCUGUCCAUCCUGGUGUUUCUCCCUUCCAUCACGGUGGUCAUUCUGCUGCUGGUGAGGCUGGGGAGGAAAUUCAGAGUGGUAAAGGAGAAAGGAAAACCUGGCUACAAGAAAUCCUCCAUUGAAGUACCUGAGCACGCAGGGACAGUUGGCUGCCAGGGGAAGCUCAGAGAGUGGUGCCUGAACUGUGUGGACACGGAUGAGGAGGAUCCAUACUGA